AUGGGUGUGACCAAACAAGUCCAGCAGGCGGGGAAUGGCGUCGAUCGACCUUCAAAGGGCCAGAUUGUCGCCAUGGAAUACAAGGGCUUCCUUUACGAUCCAAGCAAGCCCGACAACAAGGGCGACGUCUUUGACUCCACCGAGAACCGGGGCGUGUUCAAGACACAGAUCGGGAUCGGAAGGGUUAUCAAAGGCUGGGAUGAGGGGAUCAUUGGAACCGCGAGCACAGAGGGAAUGUCUCUGGGCGAAAAGUCGACCUUGACCAUCACUGGCGACUAUGCAUAUGGCGAUAGGGGAUUUCCCGGCCUCAUCCCUCCGAACGCAACAUUGAUCUUUGACGUCACCCUCAAAGGUAUUGAUGACAAGACGGCCUAG